AUGCGGGGCGCGCCCCCGCCCCUGUACCCGUGGCAGGCCGAAGCGAUAAACCUCGUCGCCGCGUCGCGUCGCUCGCUGUGCUACACGGCGCCCACGGGCGGCGGUAAAAGUCGCGUCGCCGAUGAGUUGUUACGACUGUCCCUGACAAACUUUCCCGCGGCGAAAGCGCUCGUCGUGCUGCCGUACGUCGCGCUCGUGCGGGAAAAAGUGGCGUCGUUGGAGUCGUUGUUACGCCCGCUCGGGAUCAAGGUGAGGGGCUACGCCGGGGUGGAGUGCGAGGGGGCGCCGUUGGGGAGCUCGAGAGAGCGCUGCGCGGUGACGACGAUUGAAAAGGCGUCGUCGUGCGUCAAUAGACUGUUCGAAACGGGCGAGAUAUCGCUGCUCAGCGUCGUGGUGGUGGAUGAGCUGCACAUGGUCAGCGAAGACGAACGUGGGUGCGCGCUGGAGGGGAUGUUGGCGAAGAUACGACACGGAGUGAAGUCGGGAAAGGUGUCGAGCGACGGCCCGCAAAUCGUGUGCAUGAGCGCGACGGUGGGAAAGUCAUCGAUGGAACGCUUAGCGAGGUGGUUAGACGCGGAGAUUUACGUCAGUCAUCAUCGGCCGGUGGAGUUGAAAGAGUACGUGGUGUGCGUGGGUGGGGUGUAUGCGAAGGAGAAUCGAGGUGAGGCGGGCUGGGAGCUGACGCGCGUGGCCGAUUCGCCGUCGCGAGUGGAGUUGGAGAUCGUCGCCGAACUGGUUGGUCAAGUGUUCGUCAACGCGCACAGCUCGUUGGUAUUUUGCUCGAGCAAGAGUCAGUGUUCAGUUUAUGCGACGAAAUUGGCGAGCUUGCUUCCGGUGAAUCCGAACACGGCGCACCUGCGAGAAGAGUGCGUGGCGAGACUCUACGAAGCUGCGGAGGGCGAGCCCGACCAAGCGCUAGUAGCGUGUGUUCGCUCCGGUCUCGCGUGGCAUCACGCCGGAUUAACGACGGCAGAGAAGAGAGUAAUCGAAGAGGGCUUUCGAGCUGGUGCGAUUUUAGCGCUCACAUGCACGACGACUCUUGCUGCGGGCGUCAACUUGCCCGCUCGCCGUUGCGUCAUCCUUCGCGGCUUCAUCGCCGGUUUACCGACGCCUUCGAUGGCUCAGUACAAACAAAUGGCUGGUCGAGCUGGAAGAAAAGGGCAAAGCGAUUUCGGUGAAUCUUUCCUAGUCACGACGAAACAAGAG